GCAAAAGGCAUUCGUGCGAUCGCCGCCGGGCUGGAAGGCUGCGUGGCCCGUGACGCGUGCGUUCCGUCAUUUUUAAAUUUUCGAACUUACGCGCUUCGAUUCCGGACGGUGUUUUCCUUUGGUAUUUUUUAUUGAAUUCGUACGAUAAUAGAGUUUAGCGUUACGCGUGGUGUAUUAUUGUGUUUUAUUAUUGCAUGUGAUAAUAUAGAAGUGCAAGUGUUUUGACACGAUUCACUGUGUAAUUUUCAGGUGAAAGUGUUGUUUAUUGUUGUAGUGAUUUUUUCAGGAUACCGCCAGUGUAAAGAAGGUAUGCAGUGGGGAUCAAUAAUCUAAGAUAACUGAGUCGAGUGUGGAAUGAAAUAUGCUGGCAACGUAGUCGAUUAGUAUGUCAAGGGGCGCAGGAAACCAUUUCUGACAAGAUGGCGAGGGCUCUGCUCACAUUUACAAUAUUAACAGCUAUAACGGUAUCGAGUCUAGCGCACAGGCACGGCCAUGACAUCUCUACAGAGGACCCGGAGUUGAUUGACAUACACCAUGAUAACACCACCCACCAUGGGAAGGAGCACGGAGGCUGGUCACAGUGGAGCGAUUGGUCGCUGUGCUCGCGAACGUGCGACGGAGGUGUCUCCAGACAGCUUCGAACGUGUUCCUCCCCCUCUGGAUGUAGGGGGGAGCCCGUUAGAUACAAGAUAUGCAAUAUGCAGCCAUGUCGUGCCAACGUCUCUCUUCUAGAAGAAGAUAUAUGGAGGGAGCAGCAGUGCAGUGCGCAUGAUAGUACACCAUACGGUGGGGAGCUGUUCCACUGGAGAGCUCACCGUGAUGAUGCGGAACCCUGUGCCUUGACCUGUCGAGGUACUCCACAGCAUUCUGGACAAAGACCUGAACCGACGGUGUCCUUGGAUGACGAUGACCGCGUUGUGGUCGCUGUACUUGCUGCCAGGGUCUCUGAUGGUACGAGAUGCAGGACAGGAAGUCUGGACAUGUGCAUUGACGGGCGGUGUCAGCGCGUGGGCUGCGACCUCCGUGUCGGGUCUACCCGUCGAGUGGACGAGUGUGGUGUCUGCGGCGGGGACGGUUCCUCCUGCUCCCGACCGCGCUACCACUGGCUUGCUACUCCCGGGUCUUUGUGCUCGGCUACAUGCGGUGGAGGCUACAAGAUGUCGCUAGCAGUGUGCCGCGACCGACUAACAGGCUCAGAUGCUCCCGAACAGCUGUGCGACGCGUCCAGUAAACCACAGGCCUCUGUGGUUAGAUGUAACACACAUCCGUGUCCUUUUAAGUGGUACGUCGGCGAGUGGUCGACAUGCAGCGUGACAUGUGGGGGUGGGGUGCGCACGCGCCGCGUUCUCUGCGCUCGAUCUGCUAACGUCACUAGGGCCGACACAUAUGAACCUGGAUCCAGUUCGGAGCCCGGCUGCGUGUCCCCAGCACCCAGAUCCACCCAGCCGUGUAACACACAGGAGUGCCCCAGCUGGAUAGCCGGCCAUUGGUCGGGGUGCUCAGUGUCGUGCGGUGAAGGCGUGCAGGUCCGUGGGGUGGAGUGUACCCCACCAGGGGGUGGAUGUGACCCCGCGAACCGUCCAGAGAUCUCCCGCCCCUGUUCUACUGGAAUCAGCUGUCCAGCUUACAGAGAAUCUGAUGAACCAGAGGAUGAAAUCGAAGAUCUUCUACCUGGCGUGGUGUACCACACUCAACCACUGAUCCAACCGUACCCUCCAGCGCCAGCCAAAGCCGAAAGACUGAUAGGACAGCCCGAUGUGCCUGUUGAAGCCACUUACAUCAAAGACGAUGAAUGGGGGCCGUGCAGUGUUACAUGCGGUGAAGGAUGGAAAAAGAAAGAAGUGCACUGCAAGAUCUUUCUAGAAUUCAGCAGAACUAUUGCUAAACUGCCAGACAGUAAAUGUAUGGGCCCCAAGCCUGCCGAAGAAACUGAGAGAUGCGUUAUGGAACCAUGUUCUAUGGCUUAUGGCACUUCAUUUGGAGAUUCAAGCGUACCAUCAUAUAGCAGUGCAGAUAGGUCAUUGAACUACGGAUCAUCAAGUAACAUCAGGGUGGCGCCAGGAUCGCCUGGCAAGUCUUACUCUUGGAAGGAGAAGGGUUACACGAGCUGUAGUGCAUCUUGUCUCAGUGGGGUGCAGGAACUCAUAAUCCAGUGUGUUCGCGAUGAAGAUGGCAAAAACGCAUCUCCGUAUAUGUGUGACCCUCUAACUAAACCUGAGAACCGAGUGAGAACAUGCAACGACCACCCCUGUCCACCAAGAUGGAAUUACACGGAGUUUUCACAGUGCACCAAAUCUUGUGGAAUUGGAAUACAGACGCGGGAAGUUUCUUGUAUACACGAGGUGACUAGAGGUGGCACCAACACAGUAGUGGUACCAAACAGUAUGUGCCCCCAACCACCGCCCCCCGACCGACAGUACUGCAAUGUGCUGGACUGCCCAGUACGGUGGCAUACGGAGGAAUGGUCCAAAUGCUCAAAAACAUGUGGUGGAGGAGUGAAACAAAGAAAUGUACAAUGUAAGCAGAUUAUGGCACAGUCCCACGUGGUGGAACGGCCGCCAGCCUCGUGUGGAUCCCCUCGGCCGGCUUCCACCAAAUCCUGCAAUUCGAAACCUUGUUUACUGGAUACAUCUUCACCCGAAAUCUCAUUAGCUAACUCUUCGUACAUACAGCAUGAUCCGAAGAAGAAAAAGGUCACGGUCAAAGUUGGCGGGUCGGCAACGAUAUUUUAUGGAACCCAAGUGAAAAUCAAGUGUCCUGUGAAAGGAUAUAACAGAACCAAGAUACAGUGGGCUAAAGAUCACCAGAUUAUAACGAAGUCGAAGAAGUACAAGAUUUCUAAAAAGGGCGCUCUCCGUAUUACAUCCCUCUCACUCCGAGACCACGGCGUCUACACCUGCGUUGCUGGCAGGUCCAGUGCUAACCUCACACUUCUCGUGAAGCCGCGACCCGGCGAGUUCAUAUCAAGUGAGGAAAUUGAGAGACACAAGGCAUUGGACGAGCCAUCUUCCCCGCUUGCGGACAGCAGAGCAGACGGCCGGUACCGGGCCAUCAUUGGCGGCACAUCGGACGACCAAUCCCACGAACAACGGCCGGGGGACCAGAGGAAGAAUUAUAAAAACAGACAGAGAGGCAAAAUCGACAAAGUCCGCGAUGCUCUAUUAAGUAACACAGCGACUACCAGCACUAAACCAUCUCCCAGCUUCAAUUCCCAAGCCAGGGAUAUUUACGAUGAGAACGAGGAGACUGCUGUAUCCUCCCAGAUGCUUCCACCGAAGCGCAGCAGUGCUUCAAGACUUCUUCCGUGUCUGCAUUAUAUAGUUAUGCAACUUCAGAUGUUUUGGAAUUUUCAGACUCUGGGAAACUCUAGAGGUCAAAGGAUGGCUGAUCCAAUUAUGAUGUACCAAAAUUACGGGCUCCAUACUCAUAUCCUCAAUCUUGAAGACAAACAAAUAGUGAUUCCUGAAGAUGAUGAUUCAGAUAUAAUUAUAGUUGAUGAAGAUUUCAACAGUAAUACUAUUGAAGAGGGUAGAGUGGAAGAAUUGAAGACGGAACAAGAUGACGUUGAUGUGACUACUACUGUAAUCCCUGAAGAAGCCAUGGACACCAAAGAAUAUGCAUGGAUGACUACUGAAUGGUCACCAUGCAAUGCACCUUGUGAUCAAAUAGGCCACCAAGUCAGAGGCGCCGUUUGUCAACACAAAACAGGCAACACAACGACCACAGUCGAGACAGAGCAGUGCCUCUCCCGCGCGGUGAAGCCCCCGUCGGUGGUGCGCGACUGCCACGGCGACACUUGCGGUACAUGGCGGACGACUGCCUGGUCGCCAGUCAAGUGUCAAAGUAGCGGUGCGGCUAUAGUAAGACGACGCGUAGACUGCAUCAGUGACAACAGGACUGUACUCCCAGACUCGUCUUGUGACCAAAGCACAAGACCUGAGAAGGUGAGACGGCAUCCGAAACCUUGCAAGGCCGUUUGGAUCGUCGAACCUUGGAGUAAGUGUAAAGGACCUUGUGGCGGUCAAGGUCACCAGUACAGGGUCCUCAGAUGUGUCUGGCGUGCUGGCACGAAGCGUCGGAACAAGAGGAAGAGUGCCGCCGCCGCUUGUGAGGAUUUACCAAGGCCUGACGUCGUCAGGCCUUGCGAGAUGGGCUCCUGCACCACCAGAGAUGGCAUAUGCAGGGACAAGUCGAGAUUUUGCGAGAACGUGCGCGCAAUGAACAUGUGCGCGCUGAGGCGUUACCAAGAACUAUGUUGCAAGACAUGUUCCGACUGAACUAGUGAAUAAUAGUGAAUGACGCUAGACAACCACAGUGUGGCGUGACAGUUCUGAUGUUAAUCUAGAAUGUGAUAGAUCGAUUGGACUGCCGUAUUUUGUCUUAUGCUGAUAUUUUUGGAACAAAAUCUGUCUGGAAUUUUUAUUAUUUAUUUAUUAUGUUACUUUACACUUUAUUGUACCAAGUGAAAAGAAAAAUAACAAAUACAGUAAAUAAUAAUGAGAAGUGAUACAAAAUGCGGCCUUAUCGCUAAGCAAUCUCUUCUAGACAACCCUUGGAUAGAGGCCAUUGGGAAAAAGACAAAGGGUAGGUGGCGCACUAAUAUAUAAAUAUUAUCAUAUACAAACAUAUAUAUACAUACAUAUACACAUAUAUACACAAUCAAAUAUAUACAUAAACAUUUAUCUCAAUCAGAUCAAUGUUGGAAUAAAUUUUUUCCAAAUUGACUCGAGGCUGGGUAUUCUGGAGUGUGCCCUCAAAUGUUAGACGCCGAAUUUCUCAUUACACAGGAUUAGUUUAAUUGAAGCAGGUAAUUGUGAUUAUGUUGCACUUUUUUUUAUACCACUAAGGUGGCAAACAAGCAUACGACCCACCUGAUGGUAAGUUACCGUAGCCUAUGAACACCUGCAGUACCAGAGGUAUUACGCGUGCGUUGCCGACCCUGAACAAACCUCUUUACCCCCCUUUCUUACUUAUCCAUUUGACAAAAUUGUACUGAAAAUAACUGUAGAAACUGAAAUCUAUUAUCUCAUUAAUUAUCAACUAUUUAAUCAUCAACAUGUAUCUAAAUGAUCCGAGGGCAUUUUUUUCUCUUAAAUCAAUAGACAGUAAUCAAACAACCCAUUUCAUGGAUAGUCGUAAACGUAACAUAAGUACAUAUUUUUUUUAUUUCUCUGCCCACCCCGCGAGGAAUUCGAAGAUUGAUGUUACUCACAAGCUUGAGACACUUAAGCGGUACUAAAAAUAUAAAUUGAUUAAAACUUAUAUGUUAUAUAAAUAAAUAUUAUUAUAUAUUAUAUAAAUAAAUGUAAUAAAAGAGGAUUUUUAAAUAAUCUAAAGGAUCAUAUAUUUUUUCUCAACAUCUAUUUACAUUAAAUGUCAUUUCAUAAGCUCUUUAUAAUUAAAUUUCACAAUAUUUUAUUAAAAAUUAUAAUAAAUAAAUUUCAAUAUAUAAAAAGUAUUAAAAAGAAAACUUAUAAAGAAUUUCGCUUAUGUUUUAUUAAUGAGCUUUGUCUCGAGCGCCGCGUAGUAAGAACUACAAUUGCAGACAUAUUUUGUUCCAAUCCAAUUACUUAUCUGAAUAAUUUAUUUUGAAUUCCAGCAAAAUUACAUUAUCGUGGUAUUGAAAGAACUAUAAUUUUAAUACAUUAAUUGAAAUAUUCAACUCAUGCUUUUAUUAUUUUGACAUUGUCUAUUUUUAUACUUUUAUUUUAAACUUUUAUUUUCUAAAAAUACUAUUAAAUUGUUAAAUUAAACAUACCACGAUGAUGUAAAGUGAAAUGUUUAUCACAUUAAAUUACAUUUAUUCAAAUAAAAUAAUUGUGAUAGAUUUACAUUUAAACAAAUUCCAUAAUGAAUGAAAUUUAAAAGUGUUCUCACUUACAAAAGUCGAAUGAAAUUAACGAAUGAAAUUGUAAAAUUUGAUUGACAGAGAAAGAAAGAGUAUUGUAUGUAAGCACAAAUGAGACGUAACUACCUAGCUCUAGUCGUAAGAAGCACGUAAUAUAAAAUUAAUGACGAGGGAACUACAGUGGUCGUACCAAAUACGUCUCUGGCGCAUACAUAAUGAAAUUAAAUGUAAAUUGUUUAAAAGUGUAAACCUCGAAUUGAUUUAUACAUACAUAGGAAACAAAAUAUUUAGUGAAAUGUUUUGUAUUAUAAUACUAUAUGUAAUGUAAAUACAUAUAUUAUAAAUCAAGCACAGUAUGCUACGCUUAGCUCUCAAUAUAUCGUAUUGAAAUAUUAAUAAAAUUUGCACAAAAUAUUAUAAUUAUCGCAAUAAAUGUAUAGAAAAAUAUUAAAGUAGUGAAAUUGCCAAAUGAAUGCAAACUGAGUGAAUUGUAUUCUUGGUUACAUUAAAUCAUUAAUGUAAAUGUAACUUUAAAAAUUAUUAUUGUCAAUUUAGAAAAUAUACAAUGUUUUAUUUAUCAAAUUAAUUUGGCCAUCGUAGAUGGUUCAAAGUUAAAAUAUUGUAUGUACAUUUUAAUAUUCUAAAAUAUAUUACUUAGCUAUAUUUAAAAAUGAAUGACUAUUGACAUCAUUUUUAAUAGAAAUAACAAAAAAGCAAUACAAUUCGCUUAAAAAAAUUGUAAAUAUAUGCUGGAAGAUAAAAAAAAAACAUGUUUAUCAUUUGUAUUAACCUAUUUAAGAUACUUUUUAAUUUCUUUUCUGUAAACUUUACAUAUAUUUUCAUUAUUUAUAUGUAGUCACUUCAUUUAUAUUAUAUUAGAAAAUACACGGUGCAGUAUUAUGAAAUACGAAAUAUUGUUAGAUAAAUCAAUUUGUUGUCAAUUGUUAGAUGCGUUAAUGUAAUUCAUUGUGUAUAUAAUAGGAAAAACUUAUAAUAUCUAAUUUAAACAAAUAGUAUAUUUUAAGGGAUAGUACAUCAUAUGCAAAAGGAAUUUCUUGUUUUCUAAACAUGUUGUACGUACGUAUGUUUAUUGUUUAAUUUGUUUAAAAUUUAGCUAAAUAUAAUUAUUAAAUGAUCUGACGUAUAUUUUGUAAACUUUAAGUCAAAUUCAAAAUUGAUUGUAUUCAUAAACUCAUUUUCGUUUUAUUAUACCAAUUGGAUGUAUGACGUAAAAGGUAGGUAAUAGAAAAAAGCUCAAUGAAUACAUUUAUAAAACUGUUUUUUUUUUAAUAGAUAGCUUACAAGGCUGUUUAUUUUUUUUUUUUCGCAUUACAUUCAAUUUAACAAAUGUUCCAUAUCAAUAUUAACUGCCAUUGUUAUAAAAUAAUAAAUGCUUCGCUUCCCAGGCCGAUUGUACCUAUAUAUUGUGAAAACUGUUAAAAUAUUUUUGGAUCGCCAAUUAUUUAUUUUCAUACCCGAAUUUGAAUCCUAUAUCUGAAACAGAAUAUUUUUUUUUUCAAUUUAAAUGAAAAUAAAAAUUAAUAUUAAACCUUAAAUUAAAUAAUAUUAUAUUGUGUACUUUCUUAUUUUUAAGCUUAGUACAGAUAAAACAUUUUGAAUUUCAUAAAUGAACUUUAAAAUUAAAAUAAUAAUAAUAUAUGAAAUUAAAGGUACAUUUAAAUUUAAAUUUUUACAUAUUUAAAUAUAAAUGAAAAUGUAAUAAAUUUACUUAAAGUAACUUUGUUUACAUUUUUAAACAACACCCUUUAUUAAUAACUAAAUUAUCCGAUAUACGUCGUCUUGAUCUUUUCAACUCUUUUUUUUUUCCUUUGUUUUAUUUAUAAUAAUUUAUUUGGAUGUUAAUUAAAUCAGUUCAGAUAUUUAAUAAAUCUCAAAUAAUGUAUUUAUAAAACGUAUAUUAUACAAUUAUUGUAAUCUUAUAGAAGAAACAAUAAAGAGUAUCUAUCUAUUUAUCUAUCUAUUAUACAUUACAUUACAACCAGUCACCUGAUGGUAAAUGGCAAUGGUGGUCGUAUCCUGUAGACAUAAACAGCCCUACUUAUAUCACAUAUGGCCCAAGGUGUAUUUACAUCUCCCAUGUAUUGAAUUUUAUUCAGUAGAAUUACCACUUUAGAAAGAAUUGAGUGCGAGAGACGUAUAUGUUCCAGUCAAAACUCUUCACAAGUCAAAAGUACUGUUGACUAGCAAAAUCAGUUAAAAGUACUUUUGACGGAACAGGUUGGUCAAAAGUGGUUUUGACUGAAAAUCAUUGGUUAUUAGUACUUUUGACUGCUUUGCAGUUAGGUUAGCUUAGAUUAGUUACUUUUAACUGUUAUUUUUGUCAAAAGUAUUAUUGACUAAAGCAUACGGUCAAAAGUACUUUUAACUGGUUUCAUCAUUGCUUUAUUAAUAUACUAAUUUCAAUUAUAAUAAACAAAUAAUAAUAAAUUUUGUAUAUAAACGUAACAAAUCUGUACUAAGCCUAAAUUUCAUAUAAUAUAUGUAAAUUUGAAAAUGUAAUACAACCUUUAGUAAUGAAAUAUGUACACACAAUUUAUCUUAAUUCCUAUUUAUUCUCCACUGAAUUAUUUUCCAUUUAUAAUUAACAAUAAUUACUAGAACCAUUAAUUUUAAUGCCCAGAGAAUUAAGUCCAAAUUGUAUAUUAUACCAAGAAUUUUGAAAUAUAAAUAUAUAA